AUGGGGUUACCAACACCACCGCGGGACGAUAAUGCCAAGCCCCAUGCAGCUCGGAAGACAACCUCAGGUCCCAAGCCAAUGAAGGCUCCUCAGAGGAGUUCAAAACGUACUCCUGCAUCGGCGCAUUCGCCAACUUCAAGUCUAGGAAGGACACUUUCUACCGGUGAAUCAAGAGGCAAGAGAUGCGAUGGAGAAAUGCCUUGUCGGCGCUGCAAGGAUGAUGGCUUGGUAUGCACCGCCGGUGUGCGCCGCAAGACCGAGUACAAGCAGAUACCUAGAGGUUACGCCGAGGUGCUGGAAAACACACAGUUUGCGCUCGUGGCCACCAUCCACAAGCUCUACGCCAUGGUUCGGAAUUCACAAACGUGGGAACUGGGCGAGCCCGACCUCAAUGACCGUGGUCAGCCAGUAGUCCACACCAUAGCCUCCAAACUCGGCUGCAUCCGACCAAAUAGCGACAUCGACAUGCCGAUACCUUCAGCAUUCCCCGAAGACGAAGCGGGCAUGGCAGAGCUCAUCGCGCAACUCAACGCGCAACAAAGCGACAGCAUGAGCCAGGAUGACGACCAUCAUAAUCACCAGCAACAAGAACACAGCCACCGGUAUCCAUACUCGGAUGCAGAAGUGGAACCAGACCUCGACAUGGGCCUGGACAACCUGGAUUUGAGUUUGAGCCUGGACACAAACUACAGACGAAUUGCGUUUGGAGGAGAGCAAAGAGCGCUUUCGGCCGGCUCACUCUCGCCGCAAAGUUUAUGCCUCGACAGUGACAGGGCGGCUUCGGAUGCCGGCUUUUCAUCCUGCUCGCCUCUCUUCGACGGGACAUCCGAGGCGCCAUCGCUGAGCCCUUACCUGCUGCAACAACCAUCAUUAUCGGCAGAUCAGUUUUUCCACAGCUUGCCGUUACUGGGGGGCAAUAACGUCAACAACAUGCCGUUGAAAACAGGUCCAGAUCCCGAAGCAGCAAGCAUGAUGGGCGGCAUGGGUGACCCCAUGAUUUUUUCAGGUUACGGGCCCGAUCUUCUUAGCAUGUGAAGCUUUUGAGGGGCGGGGCGGGUGGCAUUUGACAGACUGAAUUAAGAAACAAAGACCUAAUUUAAAAACAAAACAAAAAUUGAGUCUUUUUGACGAGGCUCUCUCGUCAUGUAUUAUCUGGACUUGGGUAAGUUCACGGUUUGGGUUGGGUUUUCAUAGUCUAUUAAUGAGCCAAUGAAACACACACAUACACGCAGG